UGAUCUCACUCGACUAAAAAAGGCAACCAGCUUUACUGAUAAAAUAAAAACACAUUAGGUUAGGUACUCUCUCUCUCUCUCUCUGUUACAUUUGCUUCAUCGAUGGCAACACUCUGCUUCCACUCUCCCUCCAAACCCAUUUCAUAUUUCCAUCCCAAAUCGAAACCCUCUCCACCGUUAUUAUCCAAAGCCUCCGUCUUAAGAUGCAAAGCCUCCGUCCAAACCCUCGUCUCCGUCGAGCCGGAGCCCGUUUUCACCUCCGUCGAGACUUUCGCUCCCGCCACCGUUGCUAAUCUAGGCCCAGGCUUCGACUUCUUAGGCUGCGCCGUCGACGGUCUCGGAGACCACGUGACUCUCCGCGUAGAUCCCUCCGUACGCGCCGGCGAGGUCUUAAUCUCAGAAAUCACCGGAACCACGACGAAACUCAGCACAAACCCUCUCCGAAACUGCGCCGGAAUCGCUGCGAUUGCGACGAUGAAGAUGUUAGGGAUUAGAUCGGUUGGGUUGUCGUUAGAUUUGCAUAAAGGUCUUCCUUUGGGAAGCGGUUUGGGUUCUAGUGCAGCUAGCGCCGCCGCAGCUGCUGUAGCGGUUAACGAGAUCUUCGGUCGGAAGUUAGUUAGAGAAGAAUUGGUUUUAGCCGGUUUGGAAUCUGAAGCUAAAGUUUCCGGUUACCACGCGGAUAACAUCGCUCCUGCGAUCAUGGGAGGGUUUGUUUUGAUUAGAAACUACGAACCGCUUGAUCUUAAACCGUUGAGGUUCCCUGAGGAUAAAGAGCUAUUCUUUGUACUAGUGAGCCCUGAGUUCGAAGCUCCUACCAAGAAGAUGAGAGCUGCAUUGCCUACAGAGAUUCCGAUGGUUCACCAUGUUUGGAACAGUAGCCAAGCGGCUGCUUUAGUCGCGGCUGUGUUGGAAGGAGACGCGGUGAUGCUAGGGAAGGCUUUGUCGUCGGAUAAAGUUGUGGAGCCGACGAGGGCUCCGUUGAUUCCGGGGAUGGAGGCUGUGAAGAAGGCUGCUUUGGAAGCUGGGGCGUUUGGAUGUACGAUUAGUGGAGCUGGACCAACUGCGGUUGCGGUGAUUGAUGCGGCGGAGAAAGGAGAGGAGAUUGGUGAGAGGAUGGUGGAGGCUUUUAUGAGGGUUGGGAACUUGAAGUCUGUUGCUUGUGUGAAGAAGCUUGAUAAGGUUGGUGCUAGGCUUGUUAGUAGCGUCUUCAGCUGAGUAGAGAGUUAUAAAGAUGAUAGCUAGUUUCAGUGCAAGGAGAGUGAGUGUUCUCCUUUGGCAUGCCUAUGGUUUCUUCUGAGGCUUUGAUUAGAGAGGGCACUGUAUUAAUGUGGACGUGAUUAGACGUUUUGAGGGAAUGAAGGUCCAAUGGUUUACGGGUUUGUGAUUUGAAAUAAAACUGUUGUAGCUCUCGUGUAUUCUGAAUGAAUUGAUUGUAUGGGUUUUGUCAA